AUGAGUACACAAGCUAUCAAGAAAUUUAAAACUGAAAAGGGGAAAGAUAUGCUUAGUUAUGAAGGUUAUAUUUAUACUUUAGAACGAAAAAUCGACGUCAAAUUGAUUUUUCGAUGUCAACGCAGAGAUUGCAAAGGUCGCUGUCACACCAAUCCGACGAUGGAUGCAAUUCUUUCGGGACCAACUAAACACUGCCAUGCACCCACACCAGAUCUAGUUCCAGUAUUCGAACUCAAAAGCAAAAUAAAAGCACGGGCUGCUGAAACCGAAGAAUUUCCUAGUGCUAUUUUACACUCUGUAAUGAGAUCUUUUCCUUUAGAUGCUGCCGGUCAACUACCUCAAGGUGAUACACUUUUGAGAACUAUUCGUCGGCAGCGUCCCGCGUCUUCAACGAACAACGACAACCAACUACCUGAUAAUUUAAAACAAACGGACCGUGGAGAGAAUUUCGUACUUCACGAAGAUGAGAAAUUGAUUAUUUUUACCACCGCGACGAAUCUCUCAGUAUUGAAAACAUGUAAACAUUGGUUUGUCGACGGAACAUUCAAAGUGUGUCCCGAGGACUUCUAUCAAAUGUUUACCUUACACGGACUAUACAAAUCACAAGUCAUUCCACUUGUUUACGGUCUACUUGUUGGGAAAAAAACUACAGACUAUGAUCACUUCUUUCGGCGGAUCAUGGAUGAAGAUGACUUCGAUUCAGAAACAAUAUUAAGCGAUUUCGAAGCGGCGACAAUUAAAUCAAUCAACUCAUUGUUUCCAAACAUCGUUCAUAAAGGCUGUUUGUUUCACUUCGGUCAAUGUAUAUGGCGUCAAAUUCAAAGUCAUGGCUUACAAAAAAAAUACCAAGAGGAUAAGUCGUUCCAUUUGGACAUUAAAAAAUUAAUUGCUUUAGCUUUUGUUCCUGUUUUAGAUGUUAUCAAAGCCUUCGAUCUAAUUGUCGACGACUUCGACGACGACGCGGACGAUUUCCUUGGUUAUUUUGAGAAAACGUGGAUAGGAGAGCCGAAGAAGAGAGGCACUGGACGAAAAAAACCACUAUUUACAAUUGAACUUUGGAAUGUUUAUGAUCGAAUAGUUGCCAAUCUUCCACGCUCAAACAAUUCCAUUGAAGGAUGGCACAAUGCAUUCGCAAAACGUGUUGCAAUCGUACAUCCAAGUGUCUCAAAAUUAACCGAGAAGAUUCGUCGUGAACAAUCCAAGUUCGAACUCGACAUCGCACAAAUUCGCCAAGGACAAGAACCCAAGCCAAAGAAGCUCAAGUAUCGAAAAUUGGACGAACGAAUCAAACGACUGGUCGACGAUUAUCACAACCUCGAUUUAGGUGAGUAUUUAAAAGGACUAGCUGUAAAUAUGUCAUUGUAA